AUGCCUUUUGAAGUGUUAAAUUCGUUAAAAGAGAGACUUUUAAAGCCUGGGAAGGAAGAGGUGAAGAAUACUGUAAGUGACUCUCUAGGACACUUGCAAAGAAAAAUCGAUGGAACCAACUUUGAAAGAGAUGCCAUAGAGCUGAAUGAAGAGGGAAGACCCGUGCAAGCAACAACUAAACCACCUUUAUUUGAUUGCUAUUGCUGUGGAUUACCUAAACGUUAUAUUAUUGCUAUGAUGAGUGGUCUGGGAUUUUGCAUUUCUUUUGGAAUUCGAUGCAAUCUUGGUGUUGCUAUUGUGGAAAUGGUUAAUAACAACACAGUUUACAUCAAUGGAAAACCAGAGACUGAGAAAGCGCAAUUCAGCUGGGAUCCAGAAAUAGUAGGACUCAUUCAUGGAUCAUUUUUUUGGGGCUAUAUUGUUACACAAAUUCCAGGAGGCUUCAUUGCAAAUAAACUAGCAGCAAACAGGGUAUUUGGAGCAGCAAUUUUCCUAACUUCAACUUUAAACAUGUUCAUUCCUGCAGCUGCCAGAGUACAUUAUGGGUGUGUUAUGUUUGUAAGAAUUUUACAAGGCCUUGUGGAGGGGGUGACUUAUCCAGCAUGCCAUGGGAUGUGGAGUAAAUGGGCUCCUCCGCUGGAAAGAAGCAGGCUGGCAACUAUUUCAUUUUGUGGUUCUUAUGCUGGGGCAGUAGUUGCUAUGCCACUUGCAGGUGUAUUGGUACAAUAUAUAGGAUGGUCAUCUGUCUUCUAUAUAUAUGGAAUAUUUGGGAUAAUCUGGUAUAUGUUCUGGCUGCUGCAAGCUUAUGAGAGCCCAGCUGUUCAUCCAACAAUAAGUACUGAGGAAAGAAUUUACAUAGAAACUAGCAUAGGUGGAGCCAACUUAAUCAAUACCAAUAGAUUUAGCACCCCUUGGAAGCAAUUUUUCACUUCGAUGCCAGUUUAUGCAAUUGUUGUGGCAAAUUUUUGCAGAAGCUGGACUUUCUACUUGCUGCUCAUAAGUCAGCCUGCUUAUUUUGAAGAAGUCUUUGGAUUUGCAAUAAGUAAGGUUGGUCUUUUAUCUGCAGUUCCACACAUGGUAAUGACUGUUAUUGUACCCAUUGGAGGCCAACUGGCUGACUUUUUGCGCAGCAGCAGAAUUUUAACAACUACUGCUGUCAGAAAAAUCAUGAAUUGUGGAGGUUUUGGGAUGGAAGCUACUUUACUUUUGGUGGUUGGAUAUUCUCACACUAGAGGUGUGGCUAUUUCAUUCUUGGUUUUAGCAGUAGGCUUUAGUGGAUUUGCUAUUUCAGGAUUUAACGUCAACCAUUUAGAUAUUGCACCUCGGUAUGCCAGCAUUCUCAUGGGCAUCUCUAAUGGAGUGGGGACAUUGUCAGGAAUGGUCUGCCCUCUUAUUGUUGGUGCAAUGACAAAACAUAAGACUCGUGAAGAAUGGCAAAAUGUCUUUCUAAUAGCUGCUUUAGUCCAUUAUAGUGGAGUGGUAUUUUAUGCUAUCUUUGCUUCUGGUGAGAAGCAGGAAUGGGCUGACCCAGAAAGUCUGAAUGAAGAGAAAUGUGGAAUACUUGAACAAGAUGAACUGGCUGAAGAGACUGAACUAAACAGUGAUACUUUUGUUAACACCAAGAAAACAUACGGCGCUACCGUUCAGCAUGACGAAGCCCAAAGGAAAGAGCUGCCGAAGGAAAAGGGAGUGAGGCACAAUGUCGAAGAACAGACUGUUUACCAAUAUGAAAAUGGAAACUUUCAAGAUUCAUUGUAA